CAUGACUCAGGCAUAAAUACCCCAAAGAGGAGGUACACUGACUUAUAAACUGUGUAGUGCUACUAAGUAUGCAGUACUAGUACUAGUACACUUCGUGAUUUUAUUUCCACCGCUGAUAUCAUCUUGCAUCUCGAGAAAUGACAUCAUAACAAAAAAAUCCCGGGGAAGAAAAUCAAAUAAGACGAGGAUUGAAACAUUACAUUUGACCAAUCGAUUUCCAUAGCAGAUUCUGUUCGUUAGUUAGUUACUGAUCAGGAAAUAGGUAAGCACAUCAGCUGGCCAGGGUCACAAGAAGUCUGCUCUGUAGUUUUGGGGAGUUUAAUUGGUACUAUCACUUGCUCUUUAUCUACAGCACUGUCUUCUCUUUCUACUCACGGCCUGACAACUGAUUCCAAUGCACUCCACAUCUGCAGAGCUAUAAAUAUCGAACCGGCCCGUGCCAAAUCUCAAUGAGCACCAACCCUCUCCCUCGCUGUCAUGAUUCAGCCUGGUUUUUUCUCCAUGUCUUCAUUCUCAACAUCCCCCCCAGCCGACUUUUUCUCUUCCCAGCGUUAGCUGGCUCGGUAUGGUUUCUGACUCUGGCAUCCCUACUGUUAAUAUGGCUCGUCCACGGAAUGCCGCAAUACCCAGGACAGAGUAACCAGCAUGUUGCCUUCAUCUCCGACAUAGCGUCCUUCGAGUUGAAGCCACUUUUUCUCGUCGGCGCUUCUAUUACAGCCGUGGGUUUCGUGACCACAGUUGCUGCGGUUCAUGUAGUGCGCUAUGAGCCCGGGUUCGCCUUGGUGAAAUGUACUCUAACCGACAACCGUAAUGACAAUGACGACCAUGACCUUACUGGGCAUAGCAGUUCGUAUAAUAGGCACUGUGACCAUCAUGAGUCCUACAGCGAGGAUGAAGAGGACCAUGAAACUACGAGAAGCCUAAAGCUUAUCUCUCUGCUAGCCAUCUUCGCUGCCGGUGUGGCGAGUAUCGCUCUGAUUUUACUGGCGGUCAUGGACACCUUUCGGUAUAAGAGUGCACAUCAUCUCUUCCUCCAGGUCUGUUUCGCCGGUCUGGCGAUACAGUCUGCUUGUACUGCUAUUGUAUAUUCGAACGAGGUACUCGGGUUUGUGUCAUAUGUCUACCAUCUGGGUGUAUGGCAACACGAUUGGGGAAGGAGAAGUUUACGAGUUAGAGUGUUUGCCUCCCUCUCAACAGCCUUGAUUAUUACAGAACUCUUCCUCGGAGUGGCCUUUAUCUCUCUGACCGUACCGGAGGAAGCCGCAAGCUAUCGAAAGGCAGGGAUCCUUGAGUGGAUUAUUGCGUUUCUGGGGACUAUCUAUCUUUGGUUAUUUUGUGGGUUCCUCGACCAAACCAAUUUUGACGGCUACGUCCCAAGCGUGCUUUACGGUCCCCCGGUACAAAGAAAAGAUGUCCAACCACCCGAAAGUUUACGGGGCCAGAUACGGAAUUGGGAUCCUGAGCGUGCCCACCUAAUUGAGGGACCUACAGGUGGGAAAUAUACGUGAGUUUAGGUUCCCUGCUUCACCAUAUAUGUAUACCGACUUUCAGACAUACCUGGAUACUUUAUAGAACCUACAGU